AUGUCGACUCAAGCGGUGGCCAAAGCUGCCGGCGGCGUCGUUUCCAUCGCAAAGAAACAAACCGUCCAGUCCGCAGGAAUAUGGGAGUCCAUCCGAAAAGCCCUCUCCAUCGACGCCAACCGCUCCAACGGCGUGCCCCUGAACCCGUACUACCGCAACCCGGCGCCCGGCAGCAACGACCCCAUGGCGUUUGAUGACCCCGUCACCCUUCCGGCGGGUGACAUCGCCGACAACCCGUACUGGAAGCGCGACCACCGCCGCCACUAUCCCCAGCUGAGUGUCAUGAAGCAGGCCGACGUGGCGAGCUUGUUGACGAUUGGCAGCGCUGCCGCCCCCAAGGUCGACUUGAUUGGGGAGGCGGGCGAGAAGCAGCUCGUUGCGGCGAAGCAGGAGGGUGAGACGGGCCUGGCAAAGGUGCUUGAGAAGACGAGCGGGAAGGAUGUGUUUGUGAAUGGGCUGCCGCCGCUGCCGAGUGGACAGACUUUGGGGUCGGGCUCGUGGGACGUGCAUAAGUAUGAGCUGACGGAGGAGAAUACGUAUCCCCAAGGAUAUCCGUGCCGGACUUUCGUAUAG